AUGCCAGAUGAACGCGCAAACGAAUUGGCCCAGCGGCUGCGGAAAGCUGAAGAAGCCGCCAGUUACAUGGAACGCCUGGAGACGCUGGCAUCCGAGGCGCCCACGCUGCGGGAACAGGUGAGCCUGCUGCAGCGAGUCGAAGAGCGGGAGACCCAUCGCAAGGAUGCCAUAGAAAACGCCCGGUACGCGCUAUCGGCCGCCGCGGAAGCCCAACGGGAGCUACCCGACCUGAUCGCCGGCGCCGCCAACCUGGUCAGCCAGAUGGCGCGGGCGCUGCGCGAGGUGGACACCUUCCGCCGGGAGGCCACCGCCGCCCUGAGCGUGGUUGACCGCAUGGACUACGAGGACGAGCUGGACCGGGCCAUGGAGGAGCACGAAGAGGACGAGGACGCGCCCAUCCAGCGUGACGCCCAGUCCAUCCGGAUGCUGGUGGCUUCCCGGCACGGCAGCACGCGCGUCCGCCGGAUGAUUGACGAGCUGUCGCCGGGGUUCGAGGUCUUCGCGGGAUGCAACCUGGCGGCCGACGCCAUGCGGGGCGAGCUGACCACGCUCAUCAUGGCCAAGCUGGCCGCCGAGGCCGAGUCCAGCCGCCCUCCGUCGCCGGCUGCGCGCCGGCCGGCUCCGCCGCCGCCCCAGAUGUCCGAGCCGGCGGCUCCGGUCACGCAGGAGAGCGCCAACCCAGCCGGAGAUUAG